CUUUAGCCUGAAACGCUCCGUCACUGUCAUCUAUCUCUCAGAAGUCAUGCCUUCAAACACCUCAGCCAGUAUGUUCGGUGGAGCCGGGGGAAGGGGCUCCAGGGUGUCUGUGGCGAGUCUGGAGGGGUUGCGCAAUGUGCUGCGCAACGACACGGAGAGAGACUCGGCUCCGGCCCCUGCAGCUGCCCCUGCAGCUCCCCUCGCUCCGGCCGUGCCUGUUGUCCCCGCGGACGACAAGCAGACUCUGCGGGGUCUGAACGACCGUCUGUCUGAUUACCUGGGCCGGGUGUGGCAGCUGGAGCAGGAGAACCGCGACAUGGAGAUGCAGAUUGAUGCGAUUUUGGCCAAGAGGAAAGCACCUGAGGGCCGCAACUGGGAUGAGGUGCAGAAGCCACUGGACAUCCUCAAGAAGCAGAUCAAGGAAAUCGCCAUCGACAAUACCAAGCUGCUGCUCCAGAUCAACAACACCAAACUGGCUAAUGAUGACUUCAAGAACAAGCUGGAGGAUGAGAAGAAUGGAGAGAGGGAACUGGAGAAAGACCUGGAGGAUCUGAAGAAGAACAUCGAGGACACCGGGCUGAACCGCAUCCAUACCCAGAAAGAGAUCGACCUGAUGAAGGAAGAGCUCGACCGCCUCGAGAAGGAACACAAAGAGGAUGUGUGUGCCCUGCGUGAGAAGAUCAAGGACUCCGAGGUGACAGUGGAAAUCGAGUCCCAAGACUCCAACCUGGCUGAGAUGGUUAACAACAUCCGCAUCCAGUAUGAUAAACUAGCCGAGAAGAACCUGAAGGAAACGGAUGACUGGUACCAAAACAAGUUUGAGACCAUCAAGGUGGUGGAGGCACAAAACAACGAGGACCUGAACUCUGGGAAGUCCGAGCUCAGAGAACUGCUCAAACAGAAACAGUCUCUAGAGAUCGAGCUCCAGAGAGGACACAGCAAGAUCCGUCAUCUGGAGGAGGCUGUUACCCUCACCAAAUUGGAGAACGGCCAGCAUCUGGCCCCUCUCAACAAGGCCAUCCUGGAUCUGGAGGCCGAUCUGAAGGAGGUGAGGGCCGAGGUGGAGCGCAUCGUGAGGAACAACGAGGACCUGCUGUGUGUGAAGAUGAAGCUGGAGGCGGAGAUGGAUAACUACCAGAGGCUGAUUCAUGGCGUUACAGCCGACCCUGGAAGCUUGGAGUUUGCUUUAGAAGAUGCGCUGCAAAGCGAGAAGCAAAAGCCUGAAGAGAAGGUGGCCCAGCAGCAGGAAGUGGGGAAAAAAGACACCCCCAAGAGCAAGAAAAGCUCCUCCGCUAACAAGUCCACUCCCCCCGCAGCAGUUGACCCCCUCGAUGCGUUGGCGGGAGAUCUCAUCAAGAAGAACGUCGUUAACAAUGAAGCCGCUCCUGUUGCUCCAAGCCAAAAGAAAAAAACCUCCUCUUCCUCCUCCUCUUCCUCAUCCUCCUCUGACGAGAAUAAAGAUGAGAAGCCCAAGGAAGAAAAAGAGGGUGAGGGUGAAAAGACCAAAGCCUGAGUUAUAAUAUAUAACCUACUAUAAACCUGUGAAGCUACUUAAAG